AUGGUGUGGGAUCCUUACUUUGACGAAACUCCACCUGAAGAAUAUCGAUUUUUGAACUUUUAUAAGUACCGCCAAAAGCAAAAUGAUUUCACUUUUUCAUUUCAAAAAGAAUCGCGAAAGCUUCAGUUGAGUUUGGACUCUUUAUCGAAUAGCAACAGUUAUUCGGAAGACGUUAAGAGGAAGGCCAAUGCGAUGAGGAAUUGCUUCGAGGCAAUAUGGGAGGCUCCAGUAGUCCUGAGAAGGGAUAAAACUCACACAAUUACUAACCAUCGAUUGUGCAAUAAGGAUGUCAAUAAAUUCUGGAACGAAAUUGAGUUAAAAUAUAGCAAUGAUGAACUGCAACAUUUAGAAUUAAAGAAGGUCUUGAGAACAAAACGAUGUCAUGUUGAUAUAAGCAGUAAGACGCAGGAUAUGAUGGAGAACAUGGCCGAAGAAACCGUAGAACAGCAUUUCGCAAUGAAAUCAACAACAAAAAAGAAGGGAGAACCUUCAUCCAGAAAGAGAAAUUUAACCGAGACUGAUGACAGUGAAUGCUUUCCCAGUGAUGAUCUUGAUUUCUCCGGUUCAGAUCGUGACGAGAAGGAGUCAAGUAACAGCCCUACUUCCUCCGAUUCAAAUAAUCAGCAAAAAAAGCGGAAGAUAAAUAAAGGAAAACAACCAAUAAGAAUGAAACGUGGGAGAUAUAAUAAUAUAAGUAUUCAGGCGAGUUCCUCAAACAUUGAAACAACACCACAAGAAAUUCAAGCCAGUUCCUCAAACAUUUCCAACACUGAAACACCACCACAAGAAAUUCAGGCAAGCAUCACCCAAGUCCCAAGAACUCCAUCUCCACGGCCCAAUGUUAAUAACAUUCAGAUCACCCCACAAAAAUCUACACUUUCUACAAAAUCUGUCAAUUAUUUGCAAAAUCAUAUUGAAAUGAAUGUAAAUGAUCAAGGAGCGAUCAUAAAGGAAAAUGAUACUUCGGGUGAAAUUUCUAACUCAAUCCGUAAUUGGCUUGUGACAGUAUUAUUAUCAUCAAAAGAAGAUUUUAUGAAAGCUAUUAUGAGCCCUCUGGGUACAGAUGCAAGCCUAGAGGAUCAUAAAUUUCAAGGGCCAUUAAAGCGAAAUAUCGGUGAACGUACAUAUAUCGUCGAAAGAAUCGUCCCCUUGAUUAAAUCAAUCCAAUCAAUAUAUAAGGAAUACGUGUUCCAUUGGAUUGAAAAAGAAUUGGAGUGCAUUAAAGAAGUGAAGAAAUUAUUUCCCAAGUUCGAUUUACCCAUCAACCAAGCUGAUGGUUUGGGAGUGCCACGUGAAGGAGGAUUCGGAAAAGCUGAUAAAGGAAGCUAUAUUUGGUCUUGUCUCCCUAUUGCGAAUCAUCUAGAUAAGAGCGUGGAAGAGGCAAAAGAUUUAUGCACAUUUACGAUUCAAGGCAUUGGUGAUCGGUUAACGCUCAGUAAACUAUGCCUUAUAAAUAAGCAUGUUUACAAAGUCUCGCAGAUCAAAUCUGCAACCCUCCCAUUUGAAUUCAUCGAUGUGGCGGAUUUUUUGGCAGUUUUUGAACUUAUAUACAUUCUUGUGAGCGAGCUCGAAAUUCAAACAAAAGUAAUUAAUAAAUUAAGAUUAUCCAAAUCAGUCAAUGGCACCACUGUACCAAGAAUUCGUGAUUGGAUUUGGCUACCAGAUUCAGUUUCUGCAUGGGAAUGUAGAGAUUCAAAAUGA